ACAGAGCCAGGCGCCCACGGGCAGACACCCACUCGGGAGCGCGUGCGCGCGGGGAAGGCGCCUCUCCCUCUUCCUCCUCGUCGUGGCGGUUGUGGCCCUCCUCUUCCUCCUGGUGAUCGGCCUGAUCCCCCAGGGACCGGCCGCCAUGGCCGCCAACGCAGCGCCCCUCGCCCUGGGCUGGGACUUGAGCAGCCAGCAGGUAAAAGUUGUUGCAAUUGAUGAGCGGCUGAAUGUCGUCUAUGAAGAUCACGUUCAUUUUGACAAAGACUUGCCGGAGUUUGGGACUCAAGGGGGAGCGCACGUCCACGAAGACAAGUUGACGGUCACUUCGCCCGUCUUGAUGUGGGUCAAGGCUUUAGACUUAAUCUUGGAGAAGAUGAAGGCUUCUGGGUUCCAGUUUUCUCAAGUGAGAGUGCUGUCUGGGGCUGGCCAGCAACAUGGAAGUGUGUACUGGAAGGAAGGAGCCUCCCGGGUUUUGAGGAAUCUGUCUCCCGCUCUGCCCUUGCACCAGCUCCUGAAGGACUGUUUCUCCAUCUCCGACUGCCCCAUCUGGAUGGACUCCAGCACCGCCACCCAGUGCCGGAGCCUAGAGGCCGCAGUGGGAGGGCCCACGGCUCUCACGGCCCUCACUGGCUCUCGGGCCUACGAGCGCUUCACCGGAAACCAGAUCGCCAAGAUGUACAGGCGGAGCCCCAAAGUCUACGCACAAACAGAGAGAAUCUCCCUGGUGAGCAGCUUUGGGGCCUCACUUUUCCUCGGCGAGUACUCACCUAUUGAUUACAGUGAUGGCUCGGGGAUGAAUUUGCUGAACAUCUGGGAGAAGGUCUGGGCUCAGUCCUGCCUAGAUGCCUGUGCACCCGGCUUAGAGAAGAAACUGGACAACCCAGUUGCUCCCCACUCUGUGUUGGGCACUGUGGCUCCGUAUUACAGUCAUCGCUAUGGGUUUGACCCCGGCUGUAAAGUCGUAGCCUUCACGGGUGACAACCCAGCAUCGUUGGCGGGCAUGAGACUGGAGGAAGGGGACAUCGCGGUUAGCCUGGGCACCAGCGACACGCUGUUUCUCUGGAUCCGGGAGCCCACACCUGCAUUGGAAGGACACGUCUUCUGCAAUCCCGUUAACGCUCGGGACUACAUGGCCCUCCUGUGCUUUAAGAAUGGAUCGCUGAUGAGAGAGAAAGUCAGGGACACUUCGGCCGCGGGUUCCUGGGACGAGUUCUCCCGUGCGCUGCGAUCCACUCGGAUGGGGAACGACGGAAAUGUGGGCUUUUAUUUUGACGUAAGGGAGAUCACGCCUGAUGCUGAUGGUCUUCACAGAUUUAACACAGAUAAUGAAGAGGUGACAGACUUUCUAAAGGAGGUAGAGAUCCGAGCCUUGAUCGAGGGGCAGUUCAUGGCUAAACGGAUUCAUGCCGAGAGACUGGGACACCGAGUCAGGCCGACGACAAGGAUUCUGGCUACCGGAGGGGCCUCUGGCAAUGCGGAGAUUUUACAGGUCUUGUCGGAUGUGUUUGACGCUCCCGUGUACACCAUGGACACCGCCAACUCGGCCAGCUUGGGUUGUGCUUACCGGGCGCUACACGGUCUGGCGGUUGAGGCAGGCGCAUCCUUUGCUGAUGUUGUGAAACUGGCACCGGAGCCCAGAUUGGCAGCCAAACCGACGGCAGGGGCGGCCCAGGUGUACCAGCCACUUUUGAAGAGAUACGCAGAGCUGGAGCAGAAGGUGAUCCGGCGGCUCCCCGAGUGAAAGCCCGCAAUCUCCUGCCAGACUUCAGAGGGAACGCGAGCCGUUCUCAGUUUUCUGGGAUCCCCCAUGCUCUCACGGGCAAUCCAACCUGAGGCGAUGGUGUUGACCUUUGACACGGAUGAAUUCUAUGCCUAGAUGUAUACCAGAGGCUUCGUAUCCCCAAAAGUCACUUCAUUGAUUGUUUUUCUCUGA